AGCGUUCCUCAUCCUCAACUGGUCUGUUUCCGUCCUAAAUCGUUAACGAAACCUUACGUUCUGGAACGCACCCCAGAUUUAAGUUGUUGUAGCAACGAGCUAAGCCAUGCCUGCAGCGUCUGUUGUUUCUAGUCCUAGACACAGUUGUUUCAAUUAAUGGUAAAUACAUCAUCAAAUGUGGCUAGUUUUUGGCUCCAAAUAUUGACUAACGAGUUGAACAACGUCGUAUGUCCUGUAUUGGGUACAUUAGCUAGCUAAGUUAGCACUAUCAAGGUACCAUAGUACCCAUACAGGCACAUCUUUGCUGGAGCAAUGUCUGCAGUCAGCAGCCUGGUCCCGGCUCGAUUCCUGACUCUCACUGCUCACCUCGUCAUCGUCAUCACCAUUUUCUGGUCACGGGAGAACAAUGUUGAAGCUUGCCUGCCUUUGGAUUUCACACAGGACCAAUACGACAAGGAGGACACCAAGUUGGUGGUAGCAUUGUCAGUCACCAUGGGUCUGUUUGCUAUAGAGCUGGCUGGCUUCUUCUCUGGUGUGUCUAUGUUCAACUGCACCCAGGGCCUCCUCUCGUUGGCUGUCCACUGCAGCGCGUCCGUCUCCCUGUCUUUCUUUGUCUUCCAGAGAUGGGAGUGUUGGACAUACUGGGUUAUUUUUGCCUUCUGCAGUGUUCUCCCUGCAUUUGUGGAGAUCCUACUCUUCAUCGCAGUGUUCGGACUGAAGAAGAAGCCACUAUAACCGAGAGCAGUGUUUCACAUCAAUGUUCGGUCUGGAAUGUAGUGUCCAUCCUUCCCAGCACUUGUACACAGCUGUCCAAGUGACACAUUGUGACUGUUCAAUAGUGUCAAGGAGACAUAGUUGAUGUUAGUGAUGCUGGAUGGUGAUCGUAGUGAUAAAGACAACAUAGCUGGUUAAGAUGUGGGUGGUCUAAGCUGCGGCAUCCGAUACGGUGACAGCAUAGGUUCGAAUCUGGCCUUCUGACUUUUGACACAGCCUUUAUCUAUCCAUCAAUAGUCAGAUUAUUAUAUUUAUUUAUUUUAAGCUGUGGUGUGUGUUUCAGGAUUGUGGGCGUUGUAGAUGGAAACAGAGCUACUGUAUGUACCAAGGCAGAGAGGACGAUUUCUAGAAACUCCAGCGUAUUGAUCCUAAUUGCUAAGCUGAAUGUAUAGACACAAGUAACCAUCUUUCUCUUCACCAUGCUAAAUGGUCCUGUGUACCAUAGGAUUUUAGUACCACCUUUCUAAAACGUUUACCUAAAAAAUAUAUGUUUUAUCAAGCUGAAGCAAUACCAUUCCUUCCUUUUUAAUAUGCUUUUUACAUUAAUCUAAAUGUGGUGAUAUCUGAUGGUUGCUACACCUCUAUAUGUCAGUGUUAUUCUUUUUUUUUUUACGAUUAAAGUAUUUUACCUGUG